AUGGAGCCUUUUGGGUUUACUCAUUUACGAGCUGGCAAAGCGAUAGAUGUGGCACCUACAAUAUCUAAUCAAAAAUACAAAAAGAAUUGCUUAGAUGUUUUAAAGCUAACGAAAUCCCAGCAAUUAUCAAUGCGUCAUCUUUAUUAUCCUGUGAAUAUGCCCGUUUGUCGUUAUCAGAAGAGGCUAAUUUUAGAUUCGUUGUAUAACAAUAUGCUGAUAACAUUGCCGAAAGAACUGGAUACUUUCUUCAUUGCUGCCGUUGUUAUGUUCAAUUUUCACAGAUGGUUUCCAAUACAGAAGGUAGUGUGUAUAUGCAAAAAUGUAGAGUCAUCGUUGAAUACCGCAAAACGAUUCGCUGAAAUUACGGGUUAUUCACAAGGUAUUUGUGUAUAUGCUAAUUUAAAAAAGAGUGAACGUUGUCAGAAAUGGAUUCAACAGGAUAUUAUAUUUGCUACUGCAGAGGUUCUUGUUGCUGAUUUUACGGGUAGAGAAGAGCUUUCAAAAAUUUGCUUAAUGAUUGUGGAAGAUGCUCAUCGUGCUAUUUCUGGUUCCAAUCCUUUAUCUGAACUAAUUCGUAAUUGUAUCCUUCAAAAAGUUCUUGUUGCUGAUUUUACGGGUAGAGAAGAGCUUUCAAAAAUUUGCUUAAUGAUUGUGGAAGAUGCUCAUCGUGCUAUUUCUGGUUCCAAUCCUUUAUCUGAACUAAUUCGUAAUUGUAUCCUUCAAAAAGCAAAGUUUCGUGUUUUGGCUUAUACGGAUUGCAAAGUGGAUAAAGUUGGCCAAUUACAAUUAAUUGUGAUGAAUCUUCAAAUUGAUUUAAUUCGAUCAUUAAGCUCAAUAAGAGAGGAGAUUUCGUUAGUUUUCGCUUCACCGAGGAUAUCUAAAUUUUACAUAACUAUCAAUGAAGAUAUACGUCAUAUUGGCAAAGAAUUACUGAAAGUAAUGGAACCCAUUGCAUCGUUACUAUGCGAAAGUGGCAUAUUUCCUACAAAUGACAUAAAAAAAAUUGCAAAUUUUUCAACAAGUUAUUUACAAAAGAAAGUACAAAAUGGACGAAGCCAUUUAGCGGAAAUUUAUUGUGAUUUUUUUGAACUUCUAUCAGCAUAUGAUAUUCUGAUGUGUGAUGGUUUAACUGCUUUCAGAAAUACUCUUCAAGCAUUAUCUAGCCAAAGUACAACGAUUGUUGAAAUCAUUCAAUCAAGUGAUAUUUUAAGAAAAGCCUGUAUUCCGCCGAGAUUUGAUAAUUUGGAAUGCCACAAAUUGGACAUGCUGGUUACAUUAUUGAUGGAAACUUGUGCAUAUUAUGAAAAUGAUCACCAAAUAGAAAUUUCGGAAAAUUCGAUGAAGGAUCAAUUAUGUAAUGUUAUCAUUGUACCAUGUGAUUCUGAUGCAAUCGAAAUUAACAUUGAUUAUGUGGAUUCUAUAAUUUGUAUGGACGAAGGCUUGUGUGCGCUUCAUUAUACGGGAACAAUCAGAGUACAAUCAACAGGUAGUAUUUGUGCGCUUUGUUCUGCAGGCUAUGAAACGAAUAUCUGCAAUUUCUUGGCAGUUGAAGGAACUGUUGACUAUGUACAAGCGGAUCAUAUCAAAGGUCUACAACUAUGUAACGAUGUAUUACCGAUGUUACCAUUUAAUGUCAUACCUGAAAUUGUAGAAUAUUGGGCUCAGAAUAUUGAUGAUAGUGACGGUUUACUGCCAAUGAUUCAACGUUUGGAUUUUCAAGAAAGGCUUGCUUUCAAUAGUCCAUUGGAUAGAUUGAAUUUAAUUGAGGACAAGUGUAGUUUAUUGAAUUUUUGUGUGAAAGAAACAUUUUUGUGGCAAGAUCGUCUACAGCGUUUCACAUUACUUGGCCACAGUAUUAGUGCUUCUAAUUUGGCAAAUGUUUUGGGCAGAGAUCCGGAAAUUUUGACGAAACAAGUUCUAAGGUUACAAAAUAAGCAGAGAUUGAAAUGGAUGGACGAAGAUUCACAAUCAUCGAAAGCUGAAGAUGCAAACUUAAUAGAAUUACAUUCGAAACUUGGUCAAAAUUCAAAACCGAAAUGUUCUGAAAAGCCAUCCGGUCAAAAACGAUUAGCAAAAGGGUCAUCUAGAAAACGUGACACGACGAAGGUACCGCGGUUGAACCGUAUUGAUUCAGCUAGCUUUACACUGUUUAAAGGUGUUCAAAACAGAGGCUUAUGUUUCUUCGAUUAUUCAACCAGACAAAUGAUAGUCUCCAACUAUGAAAAUACUCCUGCAUUUUUUGAUCUUUGCAGUUUUACUCAGUUUCAGUUGACAGCAGGUGAUUUCGUUAACCGCAUAGAAGAACAGGGCCGAUAUCGUGAACGUUUAGAGCAGAUAACCGAAAUCAUUCACAAACUAAAUGGUCUGAUAAGAUUAUGA